GUAAGCUUUGCUGGGACUGCAACGAGGAAGGUGCAAUUUGGGAAGGAAGGCAUUUGGGGGUCAUUACCGCUUUUACGGCUUUUCUUUUUGUUACUGGAGGUUUGCAAGUGCUGCGUUCGUCUAGUUUGGGUAUUUGCGGAAGCGAGAAACGAAAAGCGCCAAGACGUAUUCAAAAGGCUUUCUGAAAGCUGUUUCGACCUCAACGAGUCUACUUUGGACAAAAAAAACGGUUAUCGGAUCGGUGUAGCGAAGUCAGGAGGCGCAUUGACAGCCGAAAAACGAAAACAAAUCUGACUUUUUCCGUCGUCUUGGGACCGGCCGGCAUUUGUUUUCGUACCCCGUUCUUUAAAGUUGGGUUCUGCUGUCUCUGACGUGUGAGGUAUACCUUGUGCUAGAUAUCCCUAUCCAUCCUUUUGUGAAAACAUGGGCAACUCAUUUGCAAAGGCAAAGGAGGACGAUAUCGCCGAUAUCAGAGUGGACGAGGGGCAAGUGAUCCCAUUCAAGGAUGGAGUAUAUCCAAACUCGCCACAAGACUGGGAUAUACAGGUCGUCAAGCGCCUUAUCGUAGAACGCCGAAUGUCACCUUUCUACAAAGGACUGGCCGAGAUGACCGACAAACCCGAAAUCGCUCCGACACCUACGCCACCAGUGUCCUCUGGCUCAACAAGUCGUAGAGCCAGUGUGGUACCCGAAGGCUUCUCCAUCUCUGCACGUGAUGGGUUGGCCUGGACUCCGGCACGGCGGACCAGCCACGACCGUCAACCUUCGUCUUCCUCAUCCAGUACAUUUUCAUUGAAAGGAAAGCGGUCGGUGUCGAUGCCUAGCCAGUUGGUGGCGCAAGAGUCUCUGUCACUGAUUCGUGCAGAAGACCUUUACAAGUAUCCCAUUGAAUGCCCCAUUUGCUUUUUGUACUACCCUGCAAACGUCAACUAUUCCCGCUGUUGUGAUCAACCCAUUUGUACAGAGUGCUUUGUGCAAAUUAAACGCCCCGAAGCAACGUUAGAACCCGCCUCAUGUCCAUUUUGUGUUGAAGCCAACUUUGGGAUUCUGUAUCAUCCGCCGGGGUCCCCGGAAUAUAAGAUUAAAUUGAUGGAAGCCUAUCCCGAGGCAUUCAAGGAAGAAAAGAAUGGUGGGCCUGCGCAUGGGGCUGGUGGGCCUGAGCAAAAGGAAAUGUUGGCACCUCCCCUCCCGCCAGUCACAUCAAAACGAAGACAGAGUGUCAGUCAUAAGAGUGCGCUGGUCGUUACAUCCGAUGAUCUUCGACCGGACUGGUUGCGAAAACAACAGCAACUCGCGUUAGUGCGUGCGGCGAACCAACGACGUAUGACCUUUCCUCUGGGACAGCACGGUGGCAGCUCAUCACGACGGCGAAUGCUUGAUCCUGACCGCGACCUUUCUGGGGCAGCUGCGGCCGCUGCAGCGUUGGUAGAGAGUAUGACGGGUGUAUCACCUCAAUCCGGUUCGUCUCGGUCUCGAAGGUCUGGUCAUGAUACUGCAAGUCAGCGACGAAGGCCACCAAGAGAUAGAUUAGCCGGUGGGGAUUUGGGCAUGAAUUAUCUGGAAGCGAUGCGGAACAUGGGCGCUGAUUUGGAAGAGUUGAUGAUUAUGGAAGCUAUACGACGGUCUUUACAAGAAGCCGAGACCAACAAUGAGGAUGAGAAUAGUGAGAAUACGCCGCAGACACCUGUUCCGUCUCCUGCGACUCCUGAUCCGUCCGCGAGUGGUGUGCCCGCUGCACAGGAAUCCGAGCAAGUCGGGUCUGCUCCACUUGCAGUGCAAGGCCACCACCGAAGUCAAUGAGGGGAGUAGUGAGGUACAAGAUGUUGCUGCAGGUCAGGAAGCCACCGAAACGCCUGUGGAUGGGCCGGCAGCGGAUGGCACGACUGCGGGUGGGACGAUUGUUGAUGGGGCGACUGCGGAUGGGACGACUGCGAAUGGGACGGCUGUGGAUGGGACGACGGAUGGAGAGGUAAAGCAUGACGGGAAUCUAUCUGUUGUGAGCGCCGUAUUGGAAUCAAGUUCUGGGGAUCAGUCAUAGAUGUAUGUGAUGGUAUUUUGUGAUGGUGAAAUUUUUUUUCUAUAUUCUUUUUUUUCCUUUUCGUUUUGAUGUGAAUGCAAAAUGGGGUUUUGUUUUUUUUUUUUUUUUUGGCUUGGUUUCUUGUUGUUGUUGUUUUGGAAGGGGAUUUACGGAUUAUCAAGGUUCCCAAUGUUUUGUCCGGCUUUUUGGGGGUUUUCACUAUGGGCUUUUUGUUUUAUGUAAUUUUCUCUCUUCUCUGUGUGUCUGUUUUUUUUAAUGUAUAAAUUCUGUAAUUCUGCUGUUUGUGAG